AUGACUCAAGAAUCUAAACGUAUUCUUCUUGAUUACCAUGCUCCAAGAUUACCUGCUGGUGCUCGCCAGCUUUCAAUAGACUCGACUCGAGUGGCCGGAGAUGUUAGUGUACGCUAUUCCGCCCCUCCUACAUCUGCCGGGUCCUCGUUUUCGUCGGCUGCUGUAGUUUCUGAGCGAAUGCCCCAACUUCCAGAAGACCUUCAGGCUAAAUUAGCUCAUGUUGGUAUGCGCACUCGUAAGAGUGUAGCUGAUGGAUACAAGGUCCAAGGCUCGAUUCCAUCCUACCAAUCCACCGCUACGUUUUACGGUGGUGCUAUGGGAUUAUCUACCAUACAGACUCAACAACAACAAGCUGCCCGUAAAUACUUUUCGGAAAGCGACAAGUUUUCUUUUCAGAGUGGAUUCAGCGCCCCUACUCUGGUAAGUGUUCCCCGACGACAACUUAAACGCACGCGCGAAGAGUCUGCGCUGGACGCCGACGCUGGCGCUGAUACUGAUGAUGAUGACGAUUGCAAUGAUGCCAGUGAUGUGACUUUAAACGACGACCAUGGAGGUGCACCUGCUUUAGGAGUAGGUCUUUCGCGCGGUUUAGUAACUCCAUCGCAGGCGACGUUGACUGGUGCAACUUGCAGUUUUAGUGGUGAGGAGCCAGUACCCAAAUCAUUGCGUCAAUCAUCAAAUCAAGGAUUCUCCUCUGUGAGUGAUAAAGCAAAAUUUUAUGAAGCGCAACAGAAACAGCAGCAGCAAAACGAAAUUGAUGGUGGAUGGAUUCCAACAACAGCGUCAAAACUUGUAUCGAGCGACGGAAACUUUGAAGAAGCACCGUUUCUUGACAAGUCCAAUUUGUAA